AUGCUUGGGUACAACUUGUUGGCGUUUUGUUGUGUUUUGUUGAUAAACCCAUCGGAAGGCCGGUACUGUGGAGAAAAGUUGAUGCAAAAGAUGAAUACGCUGUGUACGAAGCAGUUGGAUUGUAUUAAUGUAGAACCGGAUUUACGGCAGCCUUCAAGUAAGUGUUCUAUAGUUAUUUUGUCAAUUACUUUUUGCAUAACAAACCGUACAGUAAAAUACAGUUUACUAUUUCGACUUUUGUUAAAAAUUUUAAAAAGUGGAAUUUGGAGCCAGAAUCAGAGCUGCAGCCAUAGUUAGAACCAGAGCCGAAUCCGGAGCUAAAGCCGGACCCAGAAAUUUUAAAUGUAGAAACUUUGUUGAUAAGGUUUCUCAAAAAUAGUUAAAGUUUUUAAUUGAUUACCUACUGAUAUCAAUUGUUACUUACGAAACACAAUAUUGUAGGUGAAAACACAAUAUUUUAAGCUUUGAACCGGUUUUUCAAAUAUUAAACCUUAGUCGAACACGUCAUUGACUACAUGUUCUGUGAUAAAAAAGUUUAUUUUUACCUGGUUUUUACUGUAAUUUCAAUUUAGUGCAGAAUUUCUUAGAAAAUGGAAAAAUUACUGUUUACUGCAACAAACGCUUAUUAUUAUAUGUAUAAUCAGUGUUUUGCCCGGACCGGUCCGGAGCGUUUUUCACUGGUCCGGUCCGGCGAUUUUUUGGGUCCGGUCCGGUCCGGUCCAAACUUCAAAUUUUUGGGUCCGGUCCGGUCCGCAAAAAAAAUUUUUUUAAUUUUUAAAAAAAGCAAGGAGCGCUAAAACUGCUUUCUUUUUGCUUAAAAACUCCUAAAAAUAUGUUUUAUUUGCAAUUUUUAAAACAGUUUUCUUAAAAUAAAAAAAAAAAUUUUUCCGGACCGGUCCGGAGCUUUUUCUUCGGUCCGGGUCCGCAGGUUUUUGGGUCCGGUCCGGUCCGCAAAAAUUUCUGUUUCGGUCCGUCCGGUCCGGCAAAACACUGUGUAUAAUAAUAAUGAAUGCCAUUUUUUGCUAAAAAAAUUAAAAUUAACCAAACUUUUUAUUUUAUAAAAACUUGUUUGCUUACUUGUUUUUGUGUUGUUUUAAGAUGAGUCAGUAUAGUAAAUAGUAGUUUUUAUAUGUUGGUUAAACUGUAUUUGAGGAACAACCACGCAAGGUUUGUCUCGUGAUUAUGUUGCACAAAAUACACGUGUACAAACAUAUGAGAUCAUAUGGUAUAGUUAAAAUAAGAGUCAAAUAAAAAAGCUUAAAAGUAGAGCUGAAAAUAGCUCACUAAAAGCUCGGUUAAGCCUCGGGCUGGGCUAAGCUUGUUUUGGCUGGGCUGGGUUAGGUUAAGCUACCUAGUUUUGAGCCGGACUAAAAAACUUGGUCUGGCUUUUUUAUUAAGCCUACUUAAAAUUGAAUUUUAAAAAAAUUUUAAAACUUUACUAUAAUAUGGCUAAUGCACAUAAGCUUUUCAGUGUUUCUAAGGUGGUGCUGUAGCCAAUCAACGUGUACUGAACUGGAUCUCAAGAAGUUUUGUUGUGGUUUAGUGUUGAAAGCAAAGCUUAGCCUAAAUCAAACAUAA